AUGGCCUCCGUCUCCGCCAACGCUCCCAAGGAGUUCACUGCCCGCAAGAUCGGCGCGCCGAACACCCUCGAGCACCGCGUCUACAUCGAGAAGGAUGGCGUCCCCGUCUCGCCCUUCCACGACAUCCCUCUGUAUGCCAAUGAGCAGCAGACCAUCCUCAACAUGAUCGUUGAGGUCCCUCGCUGGACCAAUGCGAAGAUGGAGAUCUCCAAGGAGGAGACCCUCAACCCCAUCAAGCAGGACACCAAGAAGGGCAAGCUCCGCUUUGUCCGCAACUGCUUCCCCCACAAGGGUUACCUCUGGAACUACGGUGCCUUCCCCCAGACCUGGGAGGACCCCAAUGUCAUCCACCCCGAGACCAAGGCCAAGGGUGACAACGACCCGCUCGACGUCUGCGAGAUUGGUGAGCUCGUCGCCAAGCCUGGUGAGAUCAAGCAGGUCAAGGUCCUCGGUGUCAUGGCCCUGCUCGACGAGGAGGAGACCGACUGGAAGAUCAUCGUCAUCGACGUCAACGACCCGCUUGCCCCCAAGCUCAACGACAUCGAGGACGUCGAGCGCCACCUGCCCGGUCUCCUGAGGGCCACCAACGAGUGGUUCCGUAUCUACAAGAUCCCCGACGGCAAGCCCGAGAACCAGUUCGCUUUCUCCGGCGAGUGCAAGAACAAGAAGUACGCCACCGACAUUGUCCGUGAGUGCGCCGAGGCCUGGGAGCGCCUGAUCUCCGGCAAGACCCCCAAGGGCGAGAUCUCUCUCACCAACACCACCCUCGGCUCGUCGCCUGACCGCGUCGACCCCUCGACCAUCAACAUCCCCUCGGGCGAGAACCAGUACCCCGCUCCCAUUGACCCCAGCAUUGACAAGUGGUUCUUCAUCUCUGGUGCCCCCACCCAGUAG